AUGAACAGAGAUUACAUUUACAGACCAGAAAACCAGCAAGACAUCGAGCCACGGGACUCCACUACUUCUCAACUUAAGCAGUAUGCAACAAAUCAGCAUUCAGCAAACAGAAGUGCCAGGGCAGUUCAAGGGCUAGGGCCACAGAUUGUGGCUAACGUUAAAGCUGUACCUAAAAACCCGAGCAGGCCGAAAGAAGCAUUUGUUGGAGGCCAAUUGUCAGAAGGAGUUAGUAGAAUGGCACUUAACAAGAGAAGAGAUGAGAUGGUCACUAACUUAACCAGCAGUAGAACUAGAUAUGAUCAUGCACUAACUCAACCUCCAUUACAGCACCUAAUGAGUAGAUCUACAUGCACUAAAGCUGCUGUUCAGAAACCUAAAGCACCUUCUAAUUUGUCACACAUAGAACCAAGACUUCAAUUAAAAUCUCCUUUGCCUAGUCAAACACCUAAAAUUUAUCCACCUUCAUCGACAAAAGGAAAGCAGGAUGGAAAGAAAAAGCCUAAAGAAAAAGUUGACAUGAGUGUGUUUGAGAACAGAGUUAAAACUUUUAAUGAGUAUCAGCCUCAUUGGCCCAAAAUGUUUAUAUCAUUCAUGAUAUUAGCAACGCAGGGUCUUUAUUUUAGUGGGAUUGAAGACAUUUGCAAGUGUUUUGAAUGUAAAGUAUUGAUAGAAGAUUGGAAAGCAUUUGACAAUCCACUCGAACGCCAUUUUAUUUUAUCACCAAACUGUCCUUUUCUUCGUAAAGAAUUUCUUGAUGAAAUCCACUCAAUUUGUAUGAGAAUUUUUGCCAGUUUUGCAACUCUUGAGUCUCAGCCUGUUGGUUGUAAUGAAGGCGAUAUCCAUCUUGUCAAUGGGACAUUUUUAAAUGAAGGUCGACUUGAAGUUUGCUCUAACGGAGUAUGGGGAUCAGUUUGUUAUAGUUCCUUUGACUUUAUUGAUGCAGUAAUAGUGUGCAGAGAUCUAGGAUACAAUAGUGGAGGGACAGUAACAACAAACUCUGCAUUCUCAGAUGGAGAUGUUCCUAUAGUGUUUACUAAUGUACAUUGUGAUGGAUCUGAAAAGAAAUUUUCUGAUUGUUCUAAAGCAGGCUAUUUUAGUGCCAGCUCUUGUUUAAGGAGCAGGACAGUUGGUAUAUCUUGUUGGGACGGUUGUACUAAUGGGAACAUUCGUUUAAGUGGAGGCAGCAGCUCUCAUGAAGGGACGGUUGAGAUAUGCUUCAGUAGCAUUUGGGGAUUAAUACAACAGGAUGGAUGGGAUACUGAUGAUGCAAAGGUCGUGUGUGAUCAACUUGGAUAUGAAACAGAAGAUGCAGAGCCUUUGCUUAAUUCUGAAUACGGUAAACCAAACAGGCCAAUAUGGUACUCAAAUUUUCGCUGCGAUGGACUUGAAGAUGAACUGGGUGAUUGCACAUCAACAUUGUAUUCUUUAACGCAAGCAAGGAACAAGUUCCCCAGUGCUGUUGUUGCUGGCGUCCGUUGUCAAGGCACCCAUGUCGUUACUCCAACCCUCUACUUCGCAGACCCUGGACUAAGUUCAAGAGAGAGAGCCAUACUCGGUGUAGGAGGGACAAUGAUUGGAGUAGCUAUUAUUUGCGUUACUGCAAUGAUUGUGGUCAUGGUUUGUUUUAUUGUGAGACAGAAGCGUUCUCGGAGGUCAGCUGACUUGGAACCUCUCACACUGCAAAAAACUAAAAAUAUAGAAAGUCAUCAGUAUGAGAACAAGACAGUAGGAGGAGUAGAUAGAAGGGUACAUCAAAGCAUGCCUUCUAAUGCUCCUCCUACUCAAAAGUCUCGAGGAAAACUACCAAAGCCUCCAGUUCAGGAGGUUGAGGAACUGUAUGAGCUAUCAUAAUUGUCAUAUCAUUUGUUAUUUUUUGAUGCAUUUACGAUUGUGUGCUUUUGAGUAAAAAAUUAGCAUUAGUAUGAUUGCUUAAAAUAUAG